AUGGGAGCUACCGAUAUUGCCUCGCGCCUUCGAGCCAAAUUCACAAGAAGACGACAUUCGACAGAAGGUUCUCAGGCUUCUUCGACCCGGAGCGUUACCGAUACUUCGUCCUCGUUCGGAAGCCGUCACGUUGGGGAUCGCGAUCGUGAUCGAACUCGGGCUUGCCAAAAUGGCGAUGGAGAUCCUUCUCCCCGUCCUGUGAGUAAUUCGAGGGGUACCGUCAGUAGCCGGCGUGGUAUGACCGCAACGACUGAAGAUUCGCAACGGCAACGAGAAGACAGCGACGAUUUCGCAAAGAUUGAGGUUCCUCGAGAGGUUUCAGAAACAGCAAACUCAAAUUCAAACUCAAAUUCAAAUUCAGAUUCGGCAGAAAAUACAUCCUCGGAAACAGAUACUGAGGCAGCUGGAGCGGUCCCACCCGCUAACGACCAUUCCACAGUGAGAGAUGCAGCACUGAAACACCCGGCUCCGCCUGUAGACCACCAGAGUCUUGGCGAAGAGCCUGCUACAGCCGCCACUAGCUCUAGCUCUAGCUCUAACGACCAGCUCCAGCCUCCGCCACAACUUCAACCUCAAAUCAAUCCACCACCGUUGAUCUCCCCUUCACUCCAUCCACAAGAACAGUCGUCACCAUCGCGACUACGACAAGCAAGCUCGAAUCUCGGCCGAAUUCACGAGGACGCACAGGAUUCUGAGCCAGAAUCUCCUACCGCGCGGCCUAAAGCCGUUGCUAGCUUAAAUUUGGACGCUGCUUCUGAGCUUGCUGGACACAAUGACGACGACCCGUUGAGUUCCGACCAAGCCCCCAACUCUCCCAAAUCUGCCGCCUUUGCGCCUUUGGCAGCCGCUACCUCGACCACCUUUGUCGCACCAUCUCCUGGGCUUCCGCCAUCAGGAAUCGUUUCCGUCCCUGGCUCACCAACGCCGCGACCAGCCCCGCCGCCCCGACGACAGAGCUUGCUGUCAAACCGACAGACGACGCUGAUCAACACGCUCCUUUCGAAUCAAUCCACGCAUGAGCCUAGUAUCACACAACCUCAUACAUACGCGCCCAUAAACGGAAAUAUGGUGACUCGCAAGGUCUGGGUCAAGCGACCCCAUGCCUCACCAACUCUCGUUACUGUCAACGAAGAUGAUCUUGUUGACGACGUCCGCGAUAUGAUUUUACGUAAAUACUCCAACUCACUUGGUCGAAGCUUCGACUCUCCCGACAUAAACAUUCGCAUCAUUCCUCGAGACCAACAUUCAGAACGCAUUCUCAAUCCUGAAGAGCCCAUGGGCCGGACUAUAGACGCUUAUUAUCCAGGUGGACAAACGGUUGAAGAAGCUCUUGUUAUCGAUAUCCCACGACGUCCGCCUAAGGCUUCUCCACGCCCUGUACCAUAUGUUGGCAACGUCUAUUAUAGCGAAGACGGCCGACCUACAGAAACAAGCGAUGGCUACUUCCCCUCAGUCGGUGCUCAUGCCGGCACCGUUGGCUCGCCACACCUUCCGGUGGCAGUACCCGCGCACGUCAACCAUCAGGGCCAGCACUCAAUCGCAGUGUUAGGGACUGGCCAAAUUCCUCCUAUCCCGUCGCCUGGUAGAUCGCGCGCAUACAGAGACCGUCCAGACCGUCCUAGAUUAGGCCGUACUCACACAUCGUCGCCGACUCUGAUAGCUAACAACUCAUCCGUGUCCUUGGCUGCCGCCGCCGCCACGAACCAUGCGAAUCAUGCGAACCACGGUACGCAACACUUCAACCCGAGGUUGCCACAUUCACGAACUCAUUCAAACUCUUCAGAUGCUCCUGGUAUGCCGCCUGCUGCCCCUCCUCUGCCGACGCCGCCCGCGCCCGAGCCAUCAGCAGCACGUGUCUCAACACCACCUGUUAGGCCGUCCUCACCUCGACCUACGGCAAAAACCAAGAAGAGCAAAAAGUCCGAGCACCCGAGCCUACCACCAGGCAUGCUCAAUGGUGGUGUACCUCCUAUUAAUGUUCUAAUUGUUGAAGAUAACCCGAUCAAUUUGAAACUUCUUGAGGCUUUCGUGAAGCGCCUCAAAGUCCGUUGGUCGACCGCAAUGAACGGACGGGAUGCCGUCAAGAAAUGGAGAAGUGGUGGAUUCCACUUAGUUUUGAUGGACAUCCAGCUUCCAGUCAUGAAUGGACUUGAUGCAACACGCGAAAUCCGUAGACUGGAAAGAGUAAAUUCCAUCGGUGUCUUCUCAUCUUCUCCCGAUGGUGAAGUCACAACGGAAAACCCCGAUGAGCUUGACGACAAGGACCGCCUGGAGAAUACUUCCCUAUUCAAAAGCCCUGUCAUUAUCGUCGCUUUGACUGCCAGUUCGUUGCAGAGUGAUCGCCACGAAGCUCUAGCCGCUGGCUGCAACGACUUCUUGACCAAGCCUGUCAACUUCGUCUGGCUCGAGCGCAAGGUCAUGGAAUGGGGUUGCAUGCAGGCCCUUAUCGACUUUGACGGCUGGCGUAAGUGGAAGGAAAUUUCCCAAGAAGCCGAGGAGAAUGAGGCGGCGAAAAAGGCUGCAGUUGCAGCAGCCAAGGCAAAGUCGAAAAAGAACCGCUCUUCAAUGACUAAGCCCGGUUGA